AUGUCUUCAUCACGACCCACAACACCUGGCACAGAUACACGUCGUCAUAGUCGUCGACACUCUCGGCGCUCUUCUGGUGUAGCACAACAACAGAAUCAACAACAAUUCACCCCGCAGUCACCUUUCCAUUACCCCGUUGAUGCCAACAAUUUACCCAUGGACUCACCAUUUAUGGUUGAAAAGUUUAAAGCUAUAGCUGAUUCAAUGGAGGAACUAGACCUCAACAUGCGCGACCUCCAACAAAUUCAUUCUGCGAUAUCGUCACUGUUUAAUGAAUCAUUUGCGAGUUUUCUUUAUGGACUCUCAAUUACCAUGUGGUGUGUGGAUUUUGCAUCUGUGCCCAGUAGAGACGAGUGGGCAAGAAUUGAGGCCGACAAAAAGAGGAAAGACGAGGUAAUGGAAUUAAAAAGAAGAUUGGACGAGGCAGAACGAAUGAACCAAGAUCUUAAAGCAAGAUUGGCCCAAGAGUCAAAACAAAAUCAAGCAAAAACAGACGUUGCAAAAAGAGCACGGGGUCAAACAAAUAACAUCAAGGAAAACACUACUUAUCGUGUAUCUAAGCCAGCUUCUAACCAAGGUGAUUUUCGACGAGUAUCGCGGAUACCUCAACCUACAAUUGCAAGAAGUAUUGGAGCAACAAGAGAAGCACCAAAGACAGGGCCAAAUUUGAACCAGCCUCCGCGUUAUAUGAAGGGACUUUAUGACCAGAUUAACAACAAUAAUAACAUCGUUACCGGUGGUAGUGGCACCAACUUGAACCCGAUUUCCAAAAGGAGUGCAAUGGCACCACCGUCAUCAAGAAGACCUAUGAAAAGUUCACAACGACCGCCAUUUCGCUAG